AUGAAGUUGUUUUCAAGAACUGUAGCAGGAAUGUUGGUCAAGACUGGUGAUUCGCAAACUGUGAUUCCACUAGUUCAAAAUUUGGUGCGGUUAGAUCAGUUUCAGGAGGCAACCCGUGUUAUGGACAUGAUGAUCCAGAAUGGCAUGGAUCCUGAGAUGGAUCAGAUCCGGUUAUAUCUCUUGCAUCACUUCGAUGCAUGUAGAGACGGAGGCGAUCUUAUGAACAUCAUUGAUCGAUGGGAUGAGGCUGUAGCACAACGAGAACAAAAGCAAAAAAACUGGUCUAGUGUACCAAGUGAUAAGUCACAACCGAGCCUGCUCUCAUCGAUUUAUUUGGAUCAGGAACAGAGCGGUGAUGAUCGUGCUGUCGAGUAUUUCAGACUUGUUGAUCAAUGCAUUCGUAGCCAUGAUAUACAGGGAGCAUUGAGUGCUGCAAAAUAUAUAGCCCAACAAGGCUGGGCUGCACAAGGACUCGACUUUCAGAAACUCAACAGCGUCAUGGUUAAUCACUCUUAUUCAUCAUAUGCCUCAUCUUACUUUUCUUCAUUCUCUGCGUCCGACUAUCUAAUCUACCUUCAAGUCCGAUAUACCCUGGGUGGCUCUGUCGCGCCCGAUCUUCACACCUACCGUCGCCUUGUCUUUGCAGCCUGCCGCCGAUCCGAUUUGUACACUGCACUAACGCUUUUUGAACUUGUCCGAACCCGCCAUCCAACGUGGAAGCUCGAUUCUACCAUCUACAACGCCAUUAUCUCGACUGCAGCUGCGAUAGGGGAAAUCCGAAUUGCUGAAAAGACUUUUAAAUGCCUUCUAAAAGAUGAAGUCCAACCAGACCAUUACUCUUUUCACGGAUUGCUCAAUGGAUAUGGGAAUUCAGGGAAUUUAAAGGCAGCGAUAACGGUACCAAAGAUGAUGUUGAAACACAAAUUACAACCGACCACUAGAACUUUCAAUUUGGUGAUGAAGGCUUAUUUAUCUGAAGGACGUGGAAAAGGCGAUCUCGCAACGAGUCGCAAGUUGCUUCGGGCUAUGCAGCUGUCUGUCACCGACAAAGGUAAAAAAGGAGAAAUCGCACCAGAUCUAGCAUCUUUUAACCAGAUUUUGGAGGGUUACCGACGUGUUGGGAACACUCUCUGGUUCGAUGCAUAUUUUGACCAAUACUUUGGUAGUAAUGAGCAUUCAAGGCAAGAUGAUCUUUCUCCGACUGUUGUCAAACCUGAGGAGGCAGAUGACAGAACCUUAUUCAUCCAACUCAAACAUUCGUUGAAGCUUGCUGAUGUGGACCUCACGACCGUACGUGAGCUUUGGCAAGCUAUCGAGCAUAAACUCAAGCCUUCUCAAGCCUCCUCUCCGCCAUCCUCAAAUGAUCAUGCUGAUUUUACUGGUUCUAUUGAUCCCAUUUCUUCAGAUGUGGGUCGUCCAACUGAAAACCUCUCUUCAACUCUGCUGUCUUUACCUGCCUUGUCCCCAGUAUCCGAGCCAGACUUAAUUGAUUUAAUGGGCAUCCAAGACGAAGACGGUGACACCUUGCCCUCAACCCAUAUCCCCUUUCCACGUUGGCUUGAUCCUGUAUGGAUGCCAAUGACCGACUAUGAUUAUUUUCGAUUUACAACACUCAGGCUAUUUCGAUCAACAUUUCAGGCGCAUGGGGAUGUUGCUGGUGUAAAGACAGUGGAGAGUAUUCUAGCAGAUUUGUUCCCAGCACAUCCAAUUUCGCAAGCAGUGCUGAAGCGCAGGAUGGUCAAGAGGAUAAGACAUGCAGCUAAGCUCAAGGAGAGGGAGUCAAGUGACUCUAUGGGUUAUCUCAAAUCAAAGACCAUAAGCAUUAAAAAUCGGGGAAAGUGA